AUGGCGACCUUCCAGGAUCUCGAAUGGGGCGACGACAGACAACCUACAGAAGCGUUCAAUCCCACUAAUCUUGACACUGACCAAUGGGCAGAGGCUGCGUGCUCUUCUGGCAUGAAAGGUGGAUUUCUGACCACAAAGCAUCAUGACGGCUUCUGUCUUUGGCCUACCAGAACAGGAACGCAAAGCGUGCUUCACACUCCGUUCCAAGGCGAUGUCGUCGCCUCUUAUGCCAAUUCGUUCCGGAAAUAUGGCCUCAAAGUCGGCCUAUAUUACUCCAUCCUUGACAAACGGAACGAUAUACGGCACUUCAACGUCACACCGGCUAAGAUACAGCUCGUCAAGGAUCAUCUCACCGAACUUCUGUCGGAUUAUGGCGACAUCAACAUGAUCAUCUUCGAUGGCUGGUCCGCACCCUGGAGUCGUAUAUCAUACAGCGAGUUUCCCUUUGAGGAUAUCUACCGUCACGUAAAGUCUCUUCAACCGGACUGCCUCAUCACUGAUCUCAACUCCCAAUUUUUCCCUACGGCCGGUAUGUAUCACUGCGACAUCAAAGCGUUUGAGGCAAACGCCGGCGAAAUUCUCCCGCCGUCCAAUGAACUCCCGUCAUUCUCGUGCAUAACCCUUACCGACGGAUGGUUCUUCAAGCAAUCUGAUUCCAAGGCUGAACUCAAGUCCACCGAAGUCAUCGUCAACGAUUGGCUCAUCCCAAACAAUGCCCGCCACAGCACGCUCAUACUUAAUGCACCUCCGAACCGAGAAGGACGUCUCUCGCCGAAUAUCGUUGAGGUACUUAGAGAUAUCGGUCGGCAGUGGUCGCAUUCAGGACCCGCUCCAGCACUCCCGGGUGCCGAAUCGUUCGACCCGAUCACGACGAGGAACCUCGCAGAGGGCGUCGCAAUUCGUGCGAGCGGGUCAACAGACGCUAUGGGGCCUGACUAUGCCAAUGAUGGAAGUCUCUACACGACUUGGUACACGCCCCCUGGGGAGAUGGAAGGUUGGCUAGAGCUAAACUUAGCUGAACCGGUGUCGUUCAACCGUGUCAUGCUUGCAGAGCCAAUAGGGCGCUGGGACGAUUAUCCCGUCUCACGGAUCGGACGAUAUACUUGGGAGGUUGAACGGGGUGAAAAGUGGGUUAUUAUUGCGGAAGGGACUAAUGGUCCUUCGCCGGAGGGUGUUACGUUGCAUUGGGUAAAGGACACGGUGGCGCAGAGGAUACGGAUAAGGUUCGCUGUUCUGCAUGAUACGGCACAUGUAAAUCAGAUUGGAGUAUACGAUGAACCACGAAGUAGCAUAGCAAAGUAA